UGCAACUCACAGGAACACAACAUCACUCUGGGACUCUUCAUUAGGAGGGGAAAACACUACAUAGGACAAGUACAGCUAUACAGGAUCAUUUCUCAUCUCAUUUUUCUACUUAUAGGAACUUAAUAUAAUAAUAAGACCAAGAAGAAAAAUGAAGGAGGGGUGGCGCAUGUGAACUAGAGAUCCUAUUACAGAGAUCCAGACUUUUUCAAGGCUUUUUUUUUUUUUGGAAGUGGGGGGAGGGUGAAGCUACAACUUUCUCCCUUACGCUUUUGCUUAAACGCCUCAAAUGAGUACUUCAUAUGAUUUUACGAUAAUUAUCCGCCAUUUCUGUACUUGAGGACACUUUUUCCAGGCUGUUGGAGUUUGGAUAAUGAAGGAAAUCAGGGCGAUCCUGCAGGGAUCUGACGAGCAGCGCAUAAUAAAAAAAAAAAAAGUUUGGAAGAACUGCGAGAAAACUUUGAAGCGUCCUGCAACUCUCCCUGAACAUGCCGCGUUUGGAAACUUCUUCUAAAGCUCAUGAAGGAAACAUUUUCUCCUGGAUUAGUUGGAAAUAAUAUCACGGAGUGUUCCAGAAUUAAAGUAGUAUCUUACAAAAGAGAUUUUUUUCUCCCCUCAAGAUGUCUUCCCAGGCUUGGAGCCUCUUUGUUGGAUUUUACGGGAUGCUUUGCGUCUGGGCUGCUUGGCUCACAGACUGCGGGGCGGUGUUGUCUCCAAACGGGACGAUAUUUGAGGACAGCUGCAAGAAAACAGCUACUUGCGAGGCACUUAAAUAUAACUCAUGUUUGGGUUCGCCCUUACCGUAUACACACACUUCUCUGAUCCUGGCUGAGGAUUCCAGCUCCCAAGAAGAAGCUUUCGAGAAGCUGACCAUGUGGUCUGGUUUGCGGAACGCUCCUCGCUGUUGGUCGGUCAUCCAACCAUUGCUCUGCGCCAUCUAUAUGCCCAAAUGUGAGAACGGCCGAGUUGAGCUGCCCAGCCAAAGCUUGUGUUUGGCAACACGUCGGCCAUGCAGCAUCGUGGAUCAGGAGAGAGGCUGGCCCAGCUUCCUACAAUGUGACAAAUUCCCUGUGGGCUGUUCGAAUGAGGUGCAGAAGCUGAAGUUCAACACGUCAGGCCAAUGUGAAGCUCCCCUGGUGAAGACGGACAUUCAGUCGAGUUGGUACAAGGACGUGGAGGGUUGCGGUAUCCAGUGUGACAACCCUUUAUUCACCGAAGAGGAGCACAGUGAUAUGCACACCUACAUUGCUUACUUUGGCACCAUCACCCUCCUUUGCACCUUCUUCACACUGGCCACAUUUCUGGCUGACUGGAAAAACUCCAACCGCUACCCGGCUGUCAUUCUCUUCUACAUCAAUGCCUGUUUCUUUGUGAGCAGCAUUGGCUGGCUGGCUCAGUUCCUGGAUGGAGCACGCGAAGAGAUAGUGUGCAAGAGCGACAACACUAUGCGACUCGGAGAGCCCUCGUCCUCAGAAACACUUUCAUGCGUCACCAUCUUCAUUAUUGUCUACUAUUCCCUGAUGUCAGGUGUGAUUUGGUUUGUCAUGCUGACUUAUGCCUGGCACACAUCCUUCAAAGCUUUGGGAACCACUCACCAGCCGCUGUCUGGUCGAACUUCCUACUUUCAUAUGGUCACCUGGUCCAUCCCCUUUGUCCUCACAGUUGCCAUCUUGGCUAUCGCUGAGGUGGACGGUGACUCGGUGAGCGGGAUUUGUUUUGUCGGCUACAAGAACUACAGAUACCGCGCUGGGUUUGUGCUGGCACCCAUUGGAGUGGUGCUCGUUGUUGGUGGUUAUUUCCUUAUUCGUGGUGUUAUGACAUUAUUUUCCAUCAAGAGCAACCACCCAGGACUGCUAAGUGAGAAAGCAGCCAGCAAAAUCAAUGAGACAAUGCUGAGACUCGGUAUAUUUGGAUUCCUUGCCUUUGGCUUUGUUUUCAUCACCUUUGGCUGCCAUUUUUACGACUUCUUUAACCAGGCUGAAUGGGAGAGGAGCUUCAGAGAAUAUGUGCUGUGUGAAGCCAAUGUGACGAUUGCCUCUCAAACAAACAAGCCCAUCCCAGAAUGCACCAUCAAGAACCGUCCCAGCCUGAUGGUGGAAAAGAUUAACCUGUUCUCCAUGUUCGGGACUGGAAUCGCCAUGAGCACAUGGGUCUGGACCAAAGCCACCAUCCUCAUCUGGAAACGCACCUGGUGCAAGAUCAUUGGUCGCAGUGACAACGAACCCAAAAGGAUAAAGAAGAGCAAGAUGAUUGCCAAGGCGUUUGCAAUGAGGAAGGAGCUCCACAAGGAUCCGGAGAAGGAGCUGUCCUUCAGCAUGCACACUGUGUCCCAUGAUGGACCAGUGGCUGGUCUCAAUUUUGACUUAAAUGAGCCAUCCAAUGACAUGUCAUCAGCAUGGGCGCAGCAUGUGACCAAGAUGGUAGCUAGACGUGGUGCCAUCCUGCCUCAGGACAUUUCUGUCACGCCCACUGGUACACCAGUGCCGCCUCCAGAGGAGAGGAGUAGGCUAUGGAGGGUAGAAGCCGAAAUCACACCUGAGAUGAUAAAGAGAAAAAAGAAGAAGAAGAAGAGGAGGAAGGAGGUGCGUCCAGCCGAGGAGGUGGUGGAGCACCAGAUGUACCGCCAGCGUGAGUUUGGCCGCAGCUCGGUGCCCCGGCUACCCAAGCUGCCCUGCCACCAGAGCCUGGUAGCCAAUCUGUGCGAGCAGCAGAGGCAGCAACAUAAUAUGGAGGAGGAAGUCCUGCCAGGCUCUUGUCCUGACUUCCCACCUUCACAACGUCUGUCCUAUGAGGAGAGGUGUCCCUACAUGCAAUGCUACAGCAGCCAGAACAGAUGUAGCAACGGCCUGCAGUCCAACACCCUGACCUGCAUCGAUCGUCCAGAGGAUCUGGGCCUCGGGCCACGCUGCCGUCUCUCAGGCUCCAACUGGCAGCCUGCUGGGUCUUCACUCUAUCCAGUAGAGAUGAGUCUCACGGACGGGCUUUCAGAGAGAAUGGCUCAUGUAGCUCGAGUACCGGCAGGCCGGAGGGCCGGUUAUGGACCCAUCCACUCCAGGACCAAUUUAAUGGAGGCGGAGCUCAUGGAUGCCGACUCGGACUUCUAAAGUAAUAACUCAGAUAUACUGCUUUUUGGUACACACAAUAAACUAAAAAAAGUGCUGGAUACUUUCACAGAUUCUUACUAAUGUGGUCAGUUUUUAAUUUCUUUUUAAUUUCUUUAUGCUUUUUUUUUAAGUAAUUUGUAGGAGUUAAAAUGGAAAAAUAUGUUGUGACUAAGUUAAUGAAAAAAAAUAUUAUACUUUAUUAUUUGUCCAAUGAAAUUUCAAAGGCAACUCAACCAUGACAAAAAAGACAAGGCAGCUAAACUGUACAUGGCUUGAAAGAACCUUUUUUUUCUUUUUUUUUUAACUGAAAGGCCAACGCAUUCAUCAGCUGGUGUCAGUUCCAACCUGCUGACAGCAACACUGAGGGCUCACCAACCAGCAUGUAAAACUAUGGCGGCUGAGUGCUCCACGUAUUAUUAUGUUGGAGUUUUUUCUGUUAAAUCACGUUAUAUUUGCCAUAUUUGCUGUUUAACUCAAGUUUUCUCUUAUAAUAUAUUAUAAAACUGUUCCUCUCUAUCUCCCCACUAUUUUUAGUAACUACUUACUUGUGUUUUUGUACAGUUACCUAAUGGAAGUAAAAGUUUAUUAGUUGGAUUGAAAGAUUUGAAGUAUUUGUAAUGCUCUCUAGGACUACACAGAAGGUAUAAUUUUAGUUUUACAGUUUCACUCAGUGAUGAUUUACUUCAGUUUUAAACUGAACUGUUGUUUUUACUUUCCUUAUCUCUUCCAAUGCAAUUUUACAGAUCUUUUGUAACAAGGUGGUUAUUUUACUAAAAUACAUGUUGAUAUUUUCUGUUUACUCUGUUGCCUGGUGCAAUAAUUCAGCUGUGUUUAUUUUUUUGGAGGGGGGGUAUGGAAUUGAUGCCUCAUUGAACUGAAUAUUUUUUCUGAAAUUUCUUGUAUAUAUCUUCUUUUCUCCAUGUACAUUUUCAUCAGGCUUUUUUUUGAGAAUUGUUGCUCUUAUUGUAUAUAGUCAGACUAAACUGGGCUAAAUAUCUGUGUGACUUCUUCAGUCCAGUUGAAAAAGAAAAAAGAAAAACAACCUUUUGCAUCAUGUUUUCUUCUGCAUCACACUUAUUUUUUAUUCCAGAUGCUUCACUUUUUUCUGCCUACAUGUGGGUGGUGUAUCAAGACUGCAUUCCACAAUAUGGCUGUAGUUUUUACAUAUUUAUAAGUCGUGUAAAUCUGCAGAGUUGGAAAGGAAAAAGUCGUCUGUUUAUUCACAUAAAUCUGUGUCUUUGUGCUGUAACACUACACUUACACUUACUGUGGUGAAAUGAUGCUCGAGUCAACUGUUUUAUUGCUUCUUACUCAUCACAAAUAAGAUUUGUCAAUGUUCCCAGUUAAUUUGAGUGUGUAUGAGAGUUAUUUAUGGUAGUAGCUACCACACUGUUGGCAGUAUAGCAACAUGAAUAUUGCAUAGCUCAUGUCCACCAUAGAGGUUUGUGUCAAAGAAUUAUCAAGGAAUUAAAUGAGGAUUUUUAUACCAAGGAAAGUAACUGUCAUUUGUUUUGUUUUGUUUUUUCUUGUGUGUGCUGUCACAUGCUUUACAUGUUUAGUAGGUGU